AUGGGGCAGAGGAAGCAGAUGCCGUUCAGCUGCGUCCUGGGGAUCUGCGGCACCGACGGCUCGCCGCUGCAACCGGUCACGCCCGUCCGCGGAGAAACGCGGGCGGACAUCCGGAAGGUUCUGUUCCCGCUCCUGUCCAGCAUCGUCCAUGAGCGGCAGACGGCGGGCCUCUCGCUCGAGGAGGCGUGCCCAGCUUUCGUAAGCACGGACACGUACCACAAGCACUACAGGAAGUACAGGGCGCUGGCAGACGAGAUUGCGCAGCUCAGCCGCCUGCGCGUCCGUGGCCAGACGCCCCGCGGCCAGGUCGCCUCCUGCAGUGUCUCCAACCCCGCUUUCGAAAUCUUGGUGGCCGGCGAACCUUUCCACGACGUCCUCAACGCCCGGAGGUGCGUGGGCCCGCAGGCGAAUGACAGUUCUGAUUUCUGUUUCGACCACGCGGACAUGCUCGGGCGCCUCAACGCCCCCGCCCCGCCCGCGCGACCGCAGGGGGAAGCCGCCCCCCCCGCGCUCGGAGAUGCUGGGAGGGCCCUGCUCCGCGCAGCGGUCACCCAGUCCGCGGGUGGCUUUGCUGCGACGCUGGCGCGCGACCCGGUCGCCUCGGUCGAGUUGCGCGCUUUCCUGGCGUCGCCCGGCGUUCGCAAGGCCAAGGUGUUGUGGCAGGGCAUGUUCGGCGCGCAGCCGCCGCGGCCCGUGCUCGCACGGCUGGCUCGACGCGCGGGCGCCCAGUUGCGCCCGAGCCUCGGCUGGUGCAAUUACCGAAGCCGCAAAGCGUUCAAGGCCGAGGUCCGCAGGAUGCGACAGUGGUACUCGAAGCCGAGGCGACUCGCGCGCCGCCGGCGUGGGAUCCUCCGCGUCGGCCCCGCAGCUCCCGAGAGCGUCCGGGGGCGGCAGUGCGCAUUUAACGGCAAGCUAAAAUCAGGCUCUGCAGAGGGCCCGUGCGGUUCGCAUUACAGUAGGCUUUUGAAGAAGCUGCGACUCGACGGGCUGCUCGCUUGGCAGCGUUGCGCGGAGAGCUUGCGCCUGGCGGGGAUGGGCCCGCGAUCUGGCACGGUGCCCGUGGAGACGAUGUGGUCCGACGGCAGCUGCUACGUCCCGCACGAGGCAUGCAUCUUCAGUGCCCUGGUCUGGGAGCACCUAGAGCCUCUGAGGGGUGUUCUCCAGCAUUGGCGCAUCUGCGAAACGUACGUUGAGCUCGGCAUUAGGCGGUUGGACUGGCACAAGGCCUGGGCCCGCUUUCCCUCCAGCCACCUGCAGCUGCUCUCGGCCCUCUUCCGUUCGGCGCCCUUCGAGUCGCAGCCGGCGCCCAUGGUCGAGGGGGCUCUUACUUCAAUGGUUUCCCCGUGGGCUCGUCGCGUCGCUGGAGAUGUCGAGCGGGCGCAGGGCUUCUUGCGCGAUCGCGAAGAUCCCUCGGUUUCCUUCGCUGCCCGCCCCGGCCUCAUGCGGGGCCCCGAGACGAUUUAUGCCAUCACUCACGCAGCCAUCUGCCUGGCUCAGUUCUUCCGCGGCAACGGGCACGGCUGCCCAACGCUCCUCGCUGUGACGUCGGCGGAGGCGUCGGCGUCUGCGACGGGGCAGAUACGUGGGGCAGAUGGGGCCCUGGCAUCGGCGCCGCCGCCAAAAGACUCGAAGAAGGAAGGCCAGCGGCGCAAUGCCAAGAAGGGGGACUUGUGCGACGCGCCGGCCAAGGUGGUCGCCAAGCUGCGCCUCAGCGACGCCCGCGAGCUGGCGAGCCUAGCGGGCGCGGUGUUUCAGACGUGGGAGCUCGAGGAAGAGCCCAAGGGCGUCACCCGGAUCAUGAAUGACUCAGGCGGAAAGUGCGACGCCGUCUCAAAAAGCAUCAAGGAGCGCCAGAUGAACGGCGAGAAGAUAGAUUUCCGCGCAAGAGGGCCGCCAUGCGUGCAGCUGUGGGCCGCGGUGCCCUUCCACCUCGCCAACUACAUGGGCGCGUUCCUCGAGGGCAGCGGCGGCUACAUGGAAAGCGAGAAGAAGGCGUUCCUCCAGUAUUUCCAGCAGCAUAUCAAUGCGAAGACCCCGCAGCAGGUGGCCAAGCACGCGCUGCGCUUCAGAUAUCGCAAGCACAAGCACGCGAGCAAGAAUGCCCGCAAGGAAGACGACGACAAGACGAAGAAGGGCAGGCUGACGUUCGCGCUCUCGCACGACGAGCCAGGUCGCGAGGCGAGGUCGAUGAUGAUUCAGUUCCUGAACAACUCGGUGGUCUCCAAAGCGGCGCAGCUCAUGGGGCCAGCCCCGCGCGGGCCCUCGGAGAGGGGGGCGGCGCGCCUCCUCGCCCUGAUCGACAAGGGCAAGAGCGGCUGA